UAGCUAAACUUCAGUUCACCCACUAGUCCACCUACGGAAAUGCAUGAAAUGCCCUAAAAGUAUGCUUUACAAGCACUUAAACUGUCAACAAAUCGACAUCAAAUAGCCUGAAAUCGAAGUACACUACUGAACACUUUCUCAUGGCCGAGGGGAACCAGGGUUGGACGGCCUUUCUGAUGCUGAUCUGCGUGUCCAUCACCGUGGGCACCGUCAUCCCCAUUGGCUAUGCGUUCGGCGUGGUGAAUGCUCCGUCGGCGUUCAUCAGAUCGUGGAUAAUGGAAUCGGCAAGUACCCGCUACUCGUCGCAGCUGGGCGACUCCCAGGUGACGAUAAUGAUGUCGAGCGUGGUCUCCGUGUUCCUGGUUGGCGGAAUGCUGGGCGCCCCCUUUGCCCCCAUCUUCAGUGCCCGUCUCGGCCGUCGGGGAGUCUUGACGCUCAGCGGAUUGCUGCUGCUGGUGUCCUGCAUCUGUCAGAGCUCCUGCCGGUUGGCCAACUCCAUCGAGAUGCUGCUGCUGGGUCGACUGAUCGCGGGUCUGGCCGCCGCCCUGAUCCUCGCCACCCAGCCCAUGUACUUGGUGGAGUUGGCCCCGGCGGAAUUGAGCGGCAGUGUGGGCGUUUUCACCGCCAUCGGGAUCACCGGUGGCGUUGUGUUGGGUCAGGUCUUCACCUUCGAUUUUCUACUGGGCACGGAGGAGCUGUGGCCCUACGCCCUGGCCGCUUCCGGAAUAUUUGUGGUAAUCGGUCUGGCGCCCGUUUUCUGGUUCCCCGAGAGUCCCCGGUUUUUGAUGUCCCAGGGCAGGAAGGAGAAGGCCCGGGUGGCCCUGAUGCGUCUGCGCAAGGAUGAGGGUCGGGUGGAUGCGGAAUUGGCAGAGUUCGAGGCUGCCACCCGGGAGGCGGGUCAAAAGAUAACAGUGAAGGAAGUUUUCUGCAACAGCAAGCUCAAGAUGCCCCUGAUCAUCGUGAGCUCCUUUAAUUUCGUCCUGCAGAUGAGCGGCAUAAGUGCGAUAUUUUUCUACUCUGUGGACAUCUUCACCGAAUCCGGAUUCAGUGCUAAGGAAGCCAUGUGGCUCAACUUCGCCUUGGGACUGCAGAACUUUUUCAACUCACUUUUAGCGCCAGUGCUGAUGAGAAGGUUCAGCAGAAGACUCAUGAUGAUGCUUUCCUGCCUGCUCUGUGCUCUAUUCUUGACCACCCUCGUCGUUUCCUUAAAACUUAUGGUAUCAAUCAAUGUGUUUUCCUAUGUCGGCAUUGCUUCCCUGUUGCUGUACAUCGUAGGCUUUAACUUGGGUCUGGGUUGCAUCCCCUACUUCAUUGGUACAGAGAUAUUCGAGUCAAGGCCACGUCCUUCUGCGAUGGCUUUUGGGAGUUUCUUCAACUGGCUUGCUAACUUCCUUCUUGGCAUGGUCUUCCCUAUCCUGAACUCCACAGUUGGACCUUUCGUUUUCCUUAUAUGCACUAGUUUCUGCAUUUACGGGUUUCUGCUCACCUGUCGCUAUUUGCCGGAAACGAGAAACCGUGAUCCCAAGGAGGUGGCGCCGCUAAUGGAGAACGGAUUCAAGUCCAAGAUAAAGUAGAGGCCAACUGGCUGGGAAAACUUUCAAUACAGAUCGUGGGCACUGUUUUAUUAUAAAGAAAAAAUAAUAAUAAUACAUUAUG